AAGAGUCAGCGCAUCUCAGAACUUCUCCGACCUCCGGCAAGGUGAGUGCUACUCUCUAAUAUUCGACCACGACUAUCGGACGGACUUCCUGUGGCACGUGACUUCUUCUCGUCACCGAAAUUCUGUUUACUGGAGGCGCAAGCGCUAUUCGGUUCUUAUCUGGCAAAAGGGAGGCGCGGCUAUAACCAUGGAUCCCAGUGUACUAGCUAACAUGGACAAGGACGCAUUGAAGAAGCAGAUCGAGAACAUGAAGUACCAAGCUGAUAUGGAACGGUGGCCCCUUUCGAAGAGUAUUGUCGCGAUGAGGGAGUAUGUGGAAGAGAACGAGAAGACUGACCCACUGAUACACGCGCCCGACAAGAAGAACAAUCCCUGGGCCGAGAGAGGCAAAUGCAUAAUCAUGUAAUCAGGACGUAGAACCGCAGGGGAGAAGGAGAAGGAGAAGAGGCGAGGAAGCAUCUGAGCGAAUACCAUCCGAAGCGAGCAGGAGAAGCGGAAAACGUUUUAGCCGCGUUUCAAGUUAAACCAGCGAAACGAAUAAUAAAACCAAAAGAACGAAGCAGACAAACUAAAAUAAAAAAAAAAAAAACAGAAAGACGAGGAAUACAUACACGUAAAAGAAGAAAAACGUAAAAAAAAAAGACAGAAAGUAAGAAGAGGAAGGAGUUAAAGAAAGGAUAAGAAAGACGUAUGACGAAUGGGAAGGAAUUACGAUGAGCAAAAGAAGAAGGACAAGAGGAGAAAGAGAAAUUAGGCGUUGGCGGAGCGAUUUGGAUGAAAUCCUGGAAGAGGAAGGUGCCAGGAAAGCAGCAAAGUCUCGGAAGGAGGAGCACGACUGGCGCGAAGCGAAAUCAAAGUAGCCGGAGCAAAUUAUUCAACAAUCUAAUUCCUCGCGGUUACCUGUUCGCGGUAACUUUCCCGUUUGGCAUGCAAACGAACGAGUGGCACGUUUCAGCCCGGCUUUCUUUGUCUCUCUAAUCUCCGCGGCUCUCGAAUUGACUACUCGAGCUAUUCUGAGGACGUGGUCCUUGAUCUGGCUAAGUUUCGAUCGAUUCGCACGACGGCGAACCGAGACGCGAAAAGUAUCGUGUAUCGAUAUUAAUUGGUUAAACUUUCACCUCGUGCGUCUAUCGCUCUCUAUUUCUCUCUCUCUCUCUCUCUCUCUCACUCUCUUCAGCCUCUUCAUCCUUCGUUUCCUUCUUUUCGAAGGGCCGCUCCCUUUCUCUCGGAAUAAAUGGAUUCCCUCUGAGUGAGCUCGAUCUAAUCUAUCCGAGGAUUUUAGAAAAGCAAGGCUACGAACGAAAUGGUACGGACACGGUGAAAAUUUAAUCGAUCUAAGAGGACUAGACGAGAGAGCGGGCGAAACGGCGCGAAACGAACGGAUCUUCUGAAACGGGCUCCGCUACGAGUACGCGCUUCCGCUUCGUCGUCGUUUCGAGUUCCGAGUUUUGGAUGAGUUCUGAAUAAUAUCGGUUCCAAUUCGACUCAAUUCGUUUCGAUUCGAUCCAAUCCGUUUCGACUCGGACAUGUGUUACGCGUCGUAAUACACAUCAUGUGCAAUUCGAAUCUAGUACCACGGAAAACUCUUUUGAAUCGUUCAUUAUAUCGUGUAAGGAUUAUUUAUCUUAAGUACACAAUGUAAUCUAACGUCAUUAUAUGUACACACGUUAUACCAUAUGUCGUACGAUUAAUACGCUAUGCAUAUUUCUGCGAAUUUCUUACGAAAAUAUAAUAUAUUCACAUCGUUUAAUGGAGAUUAUUGUAUGCUGUUUCGUCCUGUUCCUUUACAUCGGGCAUUAGUUUCUGUCGCGUGCUUUCGUAAUCUAGCGUUUCUUCAGAAUUUAUAGAAACGUUUUUAUUUUGCAAAAGAACGGUAGUGUUUUCUACCUUUUAAUUAAGUUAGUUAAUUCGACGUUUCCGAAUUGGUCAUCGUAAAGUUUAAUCGUAUUCGUUGGUUAUUUGAUUAAACUCGUGUUUAUUUUAAUCACUGUGGUAGAUACGUCGUUGCUUCAAAUAAGUAUAGCGUUAGGUAAAUGCAAGGUGUUUCAUUGUUCGUGAAUAUCUUGAAUAUUUUUGACAUUUAUGAAGAUGUGAAAAGUCUCUGAAGCAAAAUUAUACGACUCGAAGUAAUAAGAUGUCUGCUCAUUUAAAAAUUUUUAUAAAAUGAUAAUUUUGAUAUUAUUAUACGUGUUUCAUCAUCUAACCCGCGCGAUUUCAUUGUUAAACAUUUUUCCAUAUUUUUAGCAGAUAUUCAAGAAUUUAUGGCGAAUGAAAUAUCUUGCGUAUUUAAACAAAUAAUUUCACAGACUUUUAUUCCUAAUACAUAUUUCAUUAACAUCGUAUGUACAUUAAUCUAACAAUCAUUUUUAUAUGAUGUUCUAUUUUAAUUAAUCUCGAUCGUCACUAAUUUUAGAAAACAAGAGAAAACAACAGCGAUAAGCUUAAAAAGUUGGAAACUUCUCCACCAAUAAAUUAGACCAACACCGAUAUUUAUAAAUACAUCAGACAAGAUUGCGGAUAUACUCCGUAAUUUCUAAAUUCAAUUCCCUAA